ACCGCCCUUACCCUGAGUGAGGAGUCAAGCACAGAAGACAUCGCGUUGGGAAGACUGGUGGUAUUUGGACAUUCCCUAGCUACGUCCCAUCAGCCUCAGGUAGUAUCUUCCUGGUUUGGAGCAGUAAUCCUGAGAAGAGCAGUGUGGCUGCGGUCUGGUGUUCGGUGUUGCUUAGCAAGCUAUAGCUGGUACCAUGGCGUUGUCCUACAAGAAGGAUCUGGAUAAAUACAAGGAUCUCGAUGAAGAUGAAAUCCUCAACAAACUGUCGGCAGAGGAGCUCAAACAGCUGGAGACGGCCCUUGAGGAGAUGGACCCUGAGAAUGCUCUUCUCCCAGCGGGUUUACGUCAAAAAGACCAGACGUCUAAGACAGCUAGCGGACCGUUCGACAGAGAACGUCUGCUCAAAUACCUGGAGAAGGAAGCCAUGGAAUAUAAGGACAGAGACGAUAUAGUGCCUUUCACUGGAGAGAAAAAAGGUAAAGCGUUUGUUCCUAAGCAAAAGCCAAUAGAAACACGUAAGGAGGAGGUCACGACCCUUGAUCCAGAAUUGGAGGAAGCGCUCUCCAGUGCCACAGAUACGGAGCUGUGUGAUCUCGCAGCAAUCCUGGGUGUUCACACACUGGUUACCAGUAGUCAGACAUAUGAUGGAACAGGAAGUAAAGAGGGUUACAACAAUGUGGUAAAAGGGGAGAAGAUGAACCCAGUGUUCGAUGAGCCUCCCAAUCCCACUAAUGUAGAAGACACUCUGCAGAGGGUGAAAAGCAAUGACAGCACCUUAACAGAGGUCAACCUUAACAACAUUAAGAACAUUCCGAUUCCCACGCUGAAGGACUUCGCCAAAUCCAUGGAGAAGAACACGCACGUGAAGAAGUUCAGCCUGGCAGCCACGCGGAGUAACGACCCAGUCGCUGUGGCGUUCAGCGACAUGCUGCGGGAAAACAAAACAUUGCGAAGUUUGAAUUUGGAGUCCAACUUCAUCACCGGGGCAGGAGUGCAGGCUUUGGUUGAUGCAUUGCGAGACAAUGACGCGCUCACAGAGAUCAAAAUAGACAACCAGAGACAACAGCUGGGUACUACCGUAGAAAUGGAGAUUGCUAAAAUGUUGGAAGAGAACAAGAGCAUAGUGAAAUUUGGCUACCACUUCACCCAGCAAGGGCCCCGAUCCAGAGCUGCCGCAGCUAUCACCAAGAACAACGACCUGGUUCGCAAGAGGCGAGUGGAAGGGGAUGUGUAGGGACGCCACGACACCCGUCUCCCAGCCAAUCCUGUUUUUCAUCUCAUUGUGUGGAAUAAUUUCAGCCAAUGCCCUGGUCUUUCUCAUCUCACUGUGUGGAAACUUUAGUCUUGUGCCAAACUGCGGGGCAAGGCAUGCUAAACCUGAACAUACAUCUGAGAAGAAGGGAAAUAACUGGAAUUGCCCUCUCCCGUACACAUGUUCAUACUUAUAUGUUUAUUGUUAUGUUGUUAUUGAAGCUGUAAAUCUUAGUUUUUAGUCAUUCAUUUCAGCUGCUCCCCCUUUUUUUGAGCCUUUACAUUCUUUCCCCACUUUUUACUUGCUUUGUUUCCCUUUUUUACAAUUCUACAAUUAUGUGAGCUACCAACAUUACCAAGUACCAACAACAACAUCAAUAACAGCUCUAUAAAGAUGGUAACAAACGGUAACCUUUGUGUCCUGAUAGCUUGCUAUUGAGACUGAAGCUUCUUGUGGAAUUCCUGUAUUGAUUAAGCACUCAUUAGAGCGAUGCAGAGAGCUCUGAAGUUUAGUGAUGAUCUGCUAGAGACACAGUGGUUAUUGCUUGGAGAUAAAUACCAGACUGCUGACCUGAAUGCCUGACUAUACAGCUGAAUGUUAGCAUUGUAAAAACAAGGGCUGUUGUGCAGUGUUGUGCAGUGCGCUUGGCAACAGUUUACAUGAGCAGGUGUUGUUUAUUAGAGCUGCCUUGUAAAGCCAGAAGUACUGCUGAGUUGGAGUGGCUAACAAGGCGUGCAAAAAGUGCACCAGGUCUCUUAGCCAGUGCUGGUACUGUACUGUCAGCCUAACUCAGACUGUAUAUCAAAGAUGGAUAUAGCCACUGCAACAUUACCUAUUGUUUUAUGCAUUCUCAUAUUUUUUAAAACCUGAAAACUGGCUAGUCACAAGGAGGGUCCACCUUAAGUUGUAUUUUUAUUUUAUAUUCAUUUUUGAUGCAAAUUGACUAAAUAAAAAUGGUGUUUUAUUAAAUAGGAUGUUAACAUAGCCAUUGAGGCCACAAACUUCAGCUCCCGUAGGCACUAGGGUCAUUUUCCUCAUAGGCUUCUAUGUAAUCAGAUGUUUUUGAAAACAGAGGGGUCGCCCCCUGCUGGUCAUUAAAAAGGAUGCACGUUUAGGGUUCUUUCUUCACUGUGUCCAUCUACAUGUACAGUCUAUGGUUUGAUUUGAAACACCCUGCAGUAGCUGUUGGCUCGCCCCUCGUGUAAAAUGUAUACUUUAUCAGUGCGAUAUUGCUUUACUGUUUUAUUCUAUGAUCUUGUUUUGAUAUGGUUCAGUUUCUGUUGCUAGUUUUUGUGAUCACUUUAUUUUCUUGACAGGAAGUUCUAACUGUUUUGAUAUUUUGGAGUAAGCAAAGCUGCGGUUGUGCUGUAAAUGGACCGUGAUAUUAUUGCCAGUCAUGGCUAUUAAGGCCUUGACCUGCUCCUACAGAUGUCUGCUUAACAUACUUGGUUUCACUGAUGCUUAACCAUGCCAAAGACUAACACAUGCAGUGCUUAAAGUAUCAAUAGUAGACAUAAUGGUUACUGGCUCAGGUUUGGCUUUGUGACAGAGAGAUUUACAUCAUGCCGUACAAUGUUUUUACUUUUUUUUUUUUUUUUAUGUGUGAUGUUCACAGCGGCAUCUUCUUCGAGCAGUCCAAUGAGGUGCGAGGAAGGUUUAGCAAAAGGUUUGCACAAAACUUUCUACUUUGACUUCUCAGGUUGCGACUGCUCGUGAAAUGUUUCUUUGAACUACAUCUCACUUUUAACUUUCCACUCAAACUUCCACGUUCUCAGCAGUAAGAUGUCACUUAUGAAAUAUUAGAUGACACCACGCUGUGCGCGCAUCAAGUAGACUUUCUUUAGCUCGAGAUGGUUAUAACAGGACUAAUUCAGGAGUUACUUGAAACUUGUAUAUACUGUUUAUGUGUAAUAGGAACAAUAUCCUGGCAUGAAGUCAUCACCUGUGAACAUCAUGUUUCUGUUGACCAAAAAUGUUGUCAUCAGCCUCACAUUCCUCACAAGAGUUGUACUGUUUUUAUAUCCAUGCACUUUUUCCAUGAGCAUAUCUGCUUCUUUUUUCCAUUACUGUUUUUUUUCUCUUCCUGGUGGACACUCUGCUAAAGGAGAAAACUGCUUCCUUGCUUGAGCUUGUUAAUAAUACUCUGAUUCAUAAAAGCUAUAUUAAUUAUAAAAAAUGCCAUCUCAAAUUCAAAGUGUGCACGUACACAUAAUGUUAUAUGUGCACCACGUGAACCUACUAAAGUCACUGCUGAGAUUUUUUUUUUGUACCUUAAAUCAAAACCCAGGUGUUAAUGCAAGGAUUCUGUAUUAUAAGAAAACCACAAGACUGGUAAAACGCACUGCUGAAUAUAAAACAACUUCAAUAAUAAAUGUUUUUACAUAA